GCGCUGCUGCACGAACGCUGUUCGGAACCGACCAAGGGUUUGCUACGCCACCCUGGAAUAGGACAAAAACGACCAAAGAAGAAAAAAACAAAAAACGACAUGUUUUCUUGAGGGCCUUCUCCCUCUCCGAUGUGGACUGUAUGUAGGCGAGUGUCGUAGGCGAGACAGUCACGAGUGUGGCCGAGUUAGACAUGGCUGUGCAGGCUGCCUUCAUGAGCUCCCAGUUCAUGAACCUCUGUUUCCCCGGCUCCGUCAUGGAGUACGGAGCGGAGAAAAGUUUCGAGGGGCGCCUCCUGGGGGAGGCGGAUCGGGAGGGGGACUUUCGGGAGACCACCCGGGACCUCCUGAGCUUCAUCGACUCUGCCUCCAGCAACAUCAAGCUGGCCCUGGACAAGCCCGUCAAGUCCAAGCGGAAGGUCAACCACCGGAAGUACCUGCAGAAGCAGAUCAAGCGGUGUACGGGGAUCAUCACGCCCCCCGCGGCGAACGUCGCCCCGGAUACCGCCAAGCGGCAGGGCUCCCCGAGCUCGCAGCAGCCCGCGUUCCCGGCCGGAAAGACCGCUCCCAAACGGGACGGGGUCCAGGCCAACCUGCAGAGCAAGAGCCUGGCGGCGCUCUUUGACCCCGCGGCCAAGAAGGACGCCCGGGCGGAGAAGGCCAAGAAGCUUCCGCUGCGGCACCGCAACCUGCCGCCGUCCUUCUUCACCGAGCCCGCCAACUGUGCCAAAGUCACCUCCACCUCCGGCAUGACCCUGAAGGACCUGGAGCGGGGCAACCCAGAGGCGGCCGAGUUCUUCGAGCUCCUGGGCCCCGACUACAGCAACAUGCUGGCUGACCAGGACGUCUUCGCCCACGGGCUGCCCCUCAGGGUGCAGCAGGAGCCGGUAGGUGGCGGGGCGGACCCGGGGGGCACCUACGACCCCCACCACCUGGUCGGGGGCUUCCUGUACACUGAGCCCUGGGGUCCCUGCGCCAGCCCAGCCAAGAAAAUCUGUGGGCCGGGCGAAAACGCACGGACUGUGCCGUCUGGGACGGGUUCGCUGUACUGCCAUUCGGAGUCUUCGGCACCCUCGCCUCUCGAGGAGAGCGGGCCCUGCCCUCUGGCCUUCCCAAACUUUUUUACGGAUUGCUCACUUCCACAGGUCGCGUACGAUUUCACUGCUGGAUACAACAGGGCCGUUUUUCCCACACUCUGAGAGAGAAUUCCAGGUUUUCCCUACACUCUGAAAGAGAAUUCCAGGUUUUCCCUACACUCUGAGAGAGAAUUCCAAGUUUUCCCUACACUCCGAGAGAGAAUUCCUGGUUUUCCCUACACUCUGAGAGAGAAUUCCAGGUUUUCCAUUUGGACUACAUCGCUGUGUACUUUUGACACUGAGGACAGGAGUUGCUGUUCGUUUGCAUUUGUUUGUAUUUGCUUUGUAAUUCUUUUGAGGGUUUUUGCAUGCCAUGUUUCACAUUGCACAUAGUAUUGUUGUUCUCCGAACAUUAUCCUAAGUUGAUUAUUGUUAGAAUCUUUUAUUUCACUUUAGCAAUAUGAAAUAUUAGCAUAAUGUCCUUAACAAAAAAAAUCUGAAAAGGUUACAAAACAUAUCUUGUUUCUGCAGCUUGAUUGUGGAGAAUGAUUUGACUUUAGUGUUGGGAAGGUCAUGGGCGUAUGUUUUUCCUCAGGGGUUUUCAGAGGUGAAGGUGACAACAUUUCCAACUACCCUUAACUGUGCCUUCUGUACACAGGGCUAACACAUCACCUGGACUGGUGCAAGAGAUGCAAGAUCACAGUUAUAUGAUUUGCAUGUUCUGAGCUGAACAUUUUAAUGCUGAUGUAACAAUCACUACUGGUUACUGCAGUCAAUAGAGUUCUUGAACACUGACUUUGUGGAGAAAAAAAAAGUAAAAAAAAAGAAAAUCCAAAAACCUACACUUCAAAGGGUUACAAUUUGGGGAUUAUCUUUAUGUACCCUCAUGCCAAGGCUGUGGCAUGACAUUUCUUUUUAUAAUUAUUGUAGAAAUAAUUCUGAUCAAUUUGACCUGGAAAUAUUCUCAAAAGACCUUCAGAGAAUUCAAAGUUGCAGAAUUAAAUAUAUGCUUUGAUUCAAGCAUAUAAAAAUAUUCAUGCGGAUGACUUUACUGGAGAUGACAAAAAUACAACUUUGAAAAAAAGCAAGACAAUAAAUAUGCUUACGGUAAAUAUUUUACCAUUGGCCAGGAUGCAAAUUUAGAAAACAGCUACUAUUGACUGAGAUAAAAUAUAUUGUUAAAUUUGUAAAAUGCAGAUUUGACAGGAUCGGCCAUGAUACACUUUAAAACCUCUCUGUGGAAUACCAUCAAUAUUCUCUGUUUAAUGUGCAGUGAUGUGGCAUGAGAUCCACCUAGGCCAAUCAAUGAAUUGAAAAAACUUACAAAUUCUGGCCCCAUAUUUGUUUAGAAACCACUUGACAGGGAUUGAUCCAUUCAUUUUCUUAUAAAUGGCAAUCUACCCGUUUUACAUGUAAGAACAAAAAUGUGCUAUAAAGAAAAUUGCUACAAAAUGAUGUGGUGGUAAUGAUUUGUUUUGCCUUUAGAUAAUCCUGAGUUUGUCCUUUCUGUGUAGCACAAAUUCCAAAUUAUGAUAUUCAUCACAAAAACAGAGAUAGGUUUUUACAUAUUUAAUUAACAAAAACAGAGACAGUUGUAUUCAAUAAAUAAAACUAAAAUGACAUAACCACUUAAAAAAAAAAAAAUGUUUGCAAUACUUUUGUGUUUACUAAAUGUCUGCCCAUGGUCGUAAUUAGCUAGAUAUUAUUCCAUUAAGAGCAACUCCUGUGUUGAUGAAAAAUGUACCAUUGAGUAUCUUUGAAUUUCAGAGUAACAGUAAUGACAGUUACAGUCAGGAAAAGCAUUUAAAGUUUCUGUUCAGCACUUACAAUGCUCUAUAACAUUAAAAGACAAGGUGGAUUAAUAGUCAAAGUUAAAAUUGAAUAUUAGAUUUUAGUUUGGAGGCAAACAAAUCUGAGAACAUAAAACUGUACAUAAUAUGUAUGUUUUAACUCAUGAAUUGGUCUAAUGAAUACAAGAAAAUGCAUACCCUCGCUUACAAUUAUGCCUGUGUAUCAUGUGUUGUAGUGUAUGCUGUCACAGUUAACUGAACUUUAGGAAAAUAUGCCCUAUGGUUCACAUACAGUGUAAUGAUAAAAAUCUGUAAAAUUGUCUAUAAUGACUGUGGGAGGAUGAAAAUAAAGCUGGUCUUUAUUCCUGUCAAAAACAGACACUGUUGUUGAACUGCAGUAUAUUUAGAGGAAUAAAUAAAAAUUGUGGUAAAA